AUGCUUGUUACCAACAAACAGUUAAGUCUUGGUCGCUCCCACAGUUGGGACACUUUAGGGGGGAAUGAGGGUCAGUGGGACAGGGCUGAGAGUGUCUACGAGCAGCAGGCAAGAGUAGCUGGCCGGCGGAGCUCUCUGUCUUACGGAGAGGGGGGAGGAGGGUGGUACGAGCCUCCAGCAGGCGCGCGUCCUCCUGACCUGGAUUUAAAACGGGACCCAUAUUCCUACCAAGACCACGGACAAAUUUACACGGGCGGUCUGAGGAAGGGUUCUGUGCCAGAUCUGAACCACUACGAACGAACAGCUAUGGCUCACAGAGGAUCCAUUCCGCAUCAGGAUUACUACCCCCACGAUCCGGCCAUGAUUCCUCGGCCACCUGAGGGCAUUUACCGGGCAGAGCACCAGGCUCCACCGCCUCACCCUCAACCCCUCAGUCGGUCAGGCUCUCAUUUUGGGCUGACUGCUGGGACUCGUCCUGCCUGGGAUCAAGCACAGGGCUCGAGAGGAGGACCUCAAGCUCCCCAGUCGCCUUUACAUCCUUCUCCGUCUACUCCGACUGCUCAUGAGCUAAAUCGGGCCUACAGAGAAUCUGGGACUUCCAAGAUGAUGCCGGAUGGUCAACAGCGCAGACCCUCUAGAGACCCAUCUCCAGCCCAUUACAGCAUGGAGCAUGCAUCUCCUCGUUAUGCAAGCGAGCCCCAACCUUUGGCUGGUCAGCCUGUCUAUACAGAUGUUAACGGGCGACCGCUAGAUCCGCAGCAGCACGCAGCUACCUGCUUAGUGGUGGAUCCUUCCAGUCAGGGAAUGAUAAUGAGGCAGGAGACAACCUCACCCUUUACUGUUCAGCAGCAGCAACAAUUACAGCAGCAACAACUGCAGCAGCAACACAUGCAACAGCAGCAACUGCAGCAGCAGCAACUGCAGCAACAACAAGUACAACAGCAGCAAUUUCAGCAACAGCAACUUCAGCAACAACAACUACAGCAGCAGCAGCAGCUUCAGCAGGAUCAGCUCCAGCUACAACUGCAACAUCAGCAGCAGGGUUUACCUCCCAACACAAUCCCCAUUUCUGAUCCUAAACUUGCUGUGGCGCCUCCACUUCCUCCAUCUCCCGCCCUAGUGCAGACUGCCGCGGUUGCCCCAAUUGCACCUGCGCAAGUAGCUCCAACUCUGCCCCCACCAGUUGCUCAGCCUCUUGCUCCCCUUCCUGCCCCUCCGCUUACCGCUCCGCAGACACCUUUGCCUGUGGAUCCCAAGAAGACGGUGGAUCCAGAGUUUCUUGCCCUGUUGCGAAAUGAAGGCAUCUCUGAGAGUACCAUCUCUUCGCUCAUUCAGCAGGGAUUUGACUCCUCCAGCAUGCUGGCUGUAAUGGAGGAGAACGAUGUCCGUACAGUGGCACCCAACCUUGGGCAGGCGCGUGUACUCUCUCGCUUGGUCCAAAACUGUAAGCGGCCGGCCGAAGCUCCUGUGGCACCUUCUCAACCUCAGACCCCCAUGCGAGGGCGUUCUAAUAGCUUCAGCCAUCGCUCAGAUGUCUAUCAACACCACCAUCACCAACAUCCACAUCCUUCACAGGUUUUGAAUGUUGACCCUCAACUGAUGCCCCUGCUGACGCCGGGUGCCAUGCACACCAUCGCACCGAGGAUGGGAGAGGUAAUAGGCAGGAGGCCAAGCAGCGCACCCUCUCAGCAGCUCUUGGAAGCCUCUGGAGCUUACCCAGGCCACUCACCUCGUUCCCCAGGCCCGUAUAUGGGAGCCAUGAUGCCGGUUCAAUCAAGACCGAUGUCCGCGUAUUCUUCCGGGGUGACCAUGCCAGGGUUGCCCAUGCAGAGUAUGCAGAUCAUGCCCCAGCAAAUGACUGGUUCCAUGCCUGCCAUGCCAGGUUCCAUUCACUCCAUGCCAGGAAUGCCGCAGCAGAUGCCUGUUUCCAUGCCAGCUUUACCUCAACCGCCACAGCAGGUACCCAAAGCAUACUCUACCAACUACACCGUACCAAUGGAGCUGAUGAAAAGGGACAGGAGCUUGCUGCCGAUGUCACCCAUGCACAGCCCUCACCCAAGUCCCCAGAUGAGUCGAAAGGGUGGCGGGCCUUCACCAGAUAAUGCAAUGGUUUCCGCGGGAGGCUCCGCUCAAGGGCAAGGUGCUCUGGUUGCUAAUCAGAAGCUAAGUCGCCGCACCGGUCCACCAGUCAUCGUGUCCACCAUGGCAUCUCCUGACACAAGUAUCCGGCCUCAGAUAAUGAACGGGCCCAUGCACCCGCGCCCCCUAGUGGCGCUGCUGGAUGGGCGCGACUGCACCGUGGAGAUGCCCAUCCUCAAGGACCUGGCCACCGUGGCUUUCUGCGACGCUCAGUCCACACAGGAAAUACACGAGAAGGUGCUGAACGAGGCGGUGGGAGCCAUGAUGUAUCACACCAUCACGCUGACCAGGGAGGACCUGGAGAAGUUCAAGGCGCUACGCAUCAUCAUCCGCAUCGGCAGCGGCUACGACAACAUCGACAUCAAGGCGGCCGGCGAGCUCGGCAUCGCGGUGUGCAACAUUCCCUCAGCAGCUGUGGAGGAGACAGCAGACUCCACACUGUGUCACAUCCUCAACUUGUACAGGAGGAACACUUGGCUCUACCAGGCCUUGAGGGAAGGAACCAGGGUCCAGAGUGUAGAACAGAUACGUGAGGUGGCCUCUGGUGCUGCCAGGAUCAGAGGAGAGACCCUCGGACUCAUCGGAUUUGGUCGCGCAGGCCAAGCGGUGGCGAUGCGGGCCAAGGCGUUCGGCUUCAACGUGAUCUUCUACGACCCUUACCUCCAGGACGGCCUGGAGCGCUCGCUGGGGGUCCAGAGGGUCUACACGCUGCAGGACCUCCUCUACCAGAGCGACUGUGUGUCUCUGCACUGCAACCUCAACGAGCACAACCACCACCUCAUCAACGACUUCACCAUCAAGCAGAUGCGUCAAGGAGCCUUCCUGGUCAACGCGGCGCGAGGAGGUCUGGUGGACGAGAAGGCCUUGGCUCAGGCCCUGAAGGAAGGAAGGAUACGUGGAGCCGCUUUGGACGUCCACGAGACAGAACCCUUCAGCUUCUCCCAGGGGCCUCUGAAAGACGCGCCCAACCUGAUCUGCACGCCGCACACCGCCUGGUACAGCGAGCAAGCGUCGCUGGAGAUGCGCGAGGCCGCCGCCACGGAGAUACGCCGAGCCAUCACGGGCCGCAUCCCUGAUAGUCUCCGGAACUGCGUCAACAAAGAGUUCUUCAUCACCUCGGCGCCGUGGGGCAUGAUGGAGCAGCAGCAGCAGCAGCAGCAGACGCACCCUGAGAUGAACGGCGCCGCCUACAGGUUCCCUCCCGGCGUGCUGGGUGGGGUCCCCAGGCCGAUGGAGGGCCUGCUGCCCGGGGGGGUGCCCAUGGUCCACCCGCUGCCCCCAGGUAGCCACGCCCCCCAGGCCGCCUCCCCCAACCGGCCCCCCUCCAAGCACGGCGACCCCACCAGAGAGCACACGAGCGAGCCGUGAGGGCCGAGACCCCACCAGCAUGGUCCCUCCCUGGGGACGAUGGAGGACACACAGAUGAGACUGUCAAAGCCCCCCCCCUGACCCCCUCCUUUCUGUCUUCUUGGACUGACAGGAAGUCCUUUUAAGGCUUUCCUGCCCCCCCUUCAUUGACAAAACAUGUGUUGUUAUUUUUGUUGUGUUUCUGUUCUCUCUGCUAAUGUUACAUGUUUUAGCUGCUGUGUCUCCCUCUAGUGGACGGAUGCGUCAUUGCACUUCCUUACUACAGCAAAUCGGCCUUUAAAUGAUUAAAUUGUUGGACACGUCACGUCAUGAUGCGUCACGUGUUCUGGAAUAUUACACCAACCUGGAUUAUUUUGUCUUCCGUCGUUUUAUUUUGUUUUUUUUGGUCCGUUUGUGUUCACGUCCCACAUUUUGAGUGCAGUUUGAGUGUUGAAUGUUCUCAUUUCCUUCUAGUUUCUUGAAAUCUUAGCACUUUUUUUUUCUUUCUUUUUUUUCUUUCUGUGUUUUGUUUCUUGUACAAGAAGGUGAACAUUAAAUUACACGUGCAGCUGGAACAAAAACAAAUAAAACGUGCUGUCCCGAUUGA